GUGGCGGAGGCUCCCUUCCGCAGCGGUGCGGGGAUCUCCUGCGGCCUUGUCUCGUCCCGGCUCUACCACGCGUCCGCCCGCGCCACACGCCGUCCGGAGCCACAUGGCCGCCUGGGACGCCCAGGGCUGGCAGGCAGUGAUCGGAGGCUCUGGCCCGGAUUUCCCUUCGCGACACUUCUCUCGGCAAUGGAAGAGCGAGUCGAUGGUUAUGGCAUUAUGGUAAUGGAUUGCAAGUCUACCAUAAUUCGGUAACAGCUGGAAAAUCCAUCACUCCGACCAUAUUACAAUUCAAUAAAUGUACUGUAAUACCUCACUUUCCUUUCGCCAAGGAGAACACUUUUCUCAAAGGUGGAUCGUAUCAACAAGUGGCCGCGCAGUAUAAUUCACUGCACAGCUGCACCAAGGCAAAACCUCCGACCAGAACAAGACUUGGGGUACAUUUACUGAACAGAAAAGCACACUGAAACCACAACAAAAACGCGUAAGCAGUCUUGGCAUCUCUUCCGCUCAUCUACUAAUCUACGUCUUCGCCAUGACCGCGACAAGGGGACCUGCAGCAUCUCGGCGACGCCUGCUGCACCUGCUGAUCAUCUGCAUCAGCGUGACCUGCAGCCUGGAGGUGCGUGAGACUGACUCCCCUCCCUUGGCACAACAUGGAUUUGGCACGCCCAAUUAUGGCUCCCCAGUGCACACCUACGCCAACCUGCCGCCCGAGUAUGAUUACCACCUGCCCGUAGCCGCCUAUGCCCCACCUGUUCACGCCCGCACUUUGAUACGCGCCCCUAGAUCGAACGAGCACCCUGGGUCGGGGACGAACACCUCCCUUCCCCAGCAUGACCAAUCCAGACCCACCACGCUGCCGCUGAGUCAGCAGGCCAGGACGGCGAGCAGGAGCAGCAGCGACAUGGCCCGUCUCUCGCACAAUAUCUCGGCCAUCCUCGAGAACCUGCUCAAGAACUACAACAACCAAGUCCGACCCGGAUACCACGAGGUAUUAAGGCCAACACUCGGAGCGCGAUGUUCCCAUAGCCAAGAUGAAAGGCUUUACACCACGGAAAUGUACCCAGCAGAGGCCGGCGUGCACGAGGGCAGAUGA